GUGACGUCACUGGGAUGCGGUUGCUGUAUAUAGCAGAAACGCAUUUGUCAAAGUUGAUGGGGGAAAGUUAGUGUGCUUUUCCUAAGAAGAAACAGUACCCCGCAAUAUGAGAGAAAUAGUGCACUUACAAGCGGGCCAGUGCGGCAAUCAGAUUGGAUCAAAGUUCUGGGAAGUGAUUGCUGACGAGCAUGGCAUCGACCCCACCGGCUCCUACCGCGGUGACGCUGACAACCAGCUUGAGAGAAUCAGCGUGUACUUCACGGAGGCUCAAGGUGCGAAAUAUGUCCCGAGAGCCGUUCUUGUUGACCUCGAGCCAGGCACCAUGGACGCUGUCCGAUCCGGCGCGUUCGGUCAGCUGUUCCGGCCAGACAACUUCGUGUAUGGACAGACGGGAGCGGGCAACAACUGGGCAAAGGGUCACUACACAGAGGGCGCCGAGCUCGUAGAUGCUGUUCUAGAUGUGGUCCGAAAAGAGGCAGAGAGCUGUGACUGUCUUCAAGGAUUCCAACUGGCACAUUCCUUGGGAGGGGGGACCGGGUCUGGCAUGGGGACCCUCCUCAUUAACAAGAUCAGGGAGGAAUACCCUGACAGAAUCAUGUCAACAUUCUCGGUCGUGCCAUCACCAAAGGUGUCCGACACAGUUGUGGAGCCUUACAAUGCCACCCUGUCAGUCCAUCAGCUUGUGGAGAACACAGACGAGACUUUCUGCAUCGACAACGAGGCUCUGUACGACAUCUGCUUCAGGACCCUCAAGCUGACCACACCUACCUACGGUGACCUCAACCAUCUUGUUUCCGCUACCAUGUCCGGAGUGACCACAUCCCUACGGUUUCCUGGACAACUGAACGCUGAUCUCCGUAAACUUGCAGUCAACAUGGUGCCCUUCCCCCGUCUUCACUUCUUCAUGCCCGGGUUCGCUCCCCUUACUUCCAGAGGUAGUCAGAGUUACCGAGCCGUUUCAGUGCCCGAACUCACGCAGCAGAUGUUCGAUGCCAAGAACAUGAUGGCUGCCUGUGAUCCCCGUCACGGCCGUUACCUGACAGUAGCUGCCAUGUUCCGUGGCCGCAUGUCCAUGAAGGAGGUUGAUGAACAGAUGCUCAACGUCCAGAACAAGAACAGCAGCUACUUCGUUGAAUGGAUCCCCAAUAACGUCAAGACAUCUGUUUGUGACGUUCCUCCCAAAGGCCUGAAGAUGUCAGGCACCUUUGUGGGCAAUAGCACUGCCAUCCAGGAGCUGUUCAAGCGCAUAUCCGAGCAGUUCACGGCCAUGUUCAGGAGAAAGGCUUUCCUCCAUUGGUACACUGGCGAGGGCAUGGAUGAGAUGGAGUUCACUGAGGCCGAGUCCAACAUGAACGACUUGGUGUCUGAGUACCAGCAGUACCAGGAGGCCUCUCUUGAAGAUGCCGACUUCCUGGAGGAGCAGGAGGAGGCAGACAACCAGGAAUUGGCUUGAUCUACAAGGCUGUCCUUGUAAUUUUAAGUACAUUAUCCAUGUUAAUGGAAAGACAAUCGAAGAACACAUGUAUUACGUGCAAUCAUAUUUAUACUGGUUCCAUGCAUGUAAUUUGUUAAUUCUCUAAACGCGAGGGCGU